AUAAAUUAUUAAAUUCAGGAAUUUUUGACGAUACUAUCAAAAGUAUCUCGUGGAUCAGUUGAAGAGAAGCUUCAAUGGGUAUUCGGACUCUACGACCUCGACGGUGAUGGACUGAUCAGCAAAGAAGAAAUGCUAGAUGUCGUUGAAUCCAUCUACGAAAUGCUGGGCCGCUAUACUCAGCCUCAAAUUUUGGAGCCACAUGCAGCAGCUAAAGAACAUGUCGAGCGAAUUUUCCAUUUAAUGGACGCCAACAAAGAUGGCGUUGUAACAAUCGAAGAACUAGUGCAGUGGUGCUCAAAGGACGAGCAGUUACUUCAGAGUCUUGACACUCUUGACACAGUAUUAUGA